UCCUGGAUGGUCGUGGAGGAGUCUGCUGUUGCUUCAUUUUCAUCAUGGCUGCUGUUCAAACAGAGGUUUCCCUGUACUCACAACCUUGGCAGAGGCCCUUGUACAUCUACAGGGGGUUGGCAUGCAACUCACUGAUGGCCGACUCAUUGUCGGACAGAUCUCCCCUCCAUGAAGCCGCCUACCAUGGCAGACUGCUACACCUUAGAAGACUUAUUGUCCAGGGUUUCCAUGUAGACACACUCAGCAUGGACAGAGUCUCUCCUCUACAUGAAGCUUGCCUUGGCGGCCAUUCUGCUUGUGCCAAGUUCCUGCUGGACAAUGGUGCAAAUGUAGAGGCAGUAUCAACAGAUGGCGACACACCUCUCUUCAACUCCUGCACCAGUGGCAGUGUUGCUUGUGUCAGGCUCAUCUUGCAGCACGGUGCCUCCACCCACACCCCCAACCAACUGGCAUCCCCUAUCCACGAGGCCUCUAAGAAAGGUCACAGAGAGUGUCUGGAGCUGCUGCUAUCGUAUGGAGCUCAUGUCGACAUGGAGCUGCCAGUGGUGGGGACGCCGCUGUAUUCUGCCUGCAUGGCUGGGGCUGCAGCCUGUGUAUGGGUGCUGCUACACUCAGGAGCAGAUGUUCGAAUAGGGUGUGGGCAUGACAGUCCUUUACAUGCUGCAGUUCGAGGUGGAGGAGCCAACGUAGUGGAUUUUCUGCUGGACUUUGGGGCUGAUGAGUGUUGUAGGAAUGCAGAGGGAAAGACUCCUCUGGAUCUGUCGUCGCCAAACAGCGCAGUUCGAAUUACACUGCAGAAAAGAGGUCCCUGCUCUUUGUCUAAUCUCUGUCGGUUACGUAUUCGCCGAAGUCUGGGAAGGAGUCGUCUUCACAGAGCCCCCAGCCUCUUCCUUCCUCACAGUAUCAAGGACUUCCUUCUCUAUCAGUGAGACAUCUCUGCCUUGUUUGUGUGGCUCUCUGUUUGCCACGUACUGAUUUGUCCUUCAAACUUGUGCCUCAUCACUGACAAAGAAAGCAAGUGAAAGAAAGGCAUCCACAUUCAAAGAACGGGACCCAGCUUUGUCAGCCAUCUGUUUUUAUAAUACAGUUUUUAUUUUUUUAACUAUACCAGACACUAUUUACCUAUUGCUCAAAGGAAAUAUGUUGGAUACAAAUAUGGGUUCCAAGUUCCUAUAAAAGUUCUGUUCAUAUUGCAGCGGCAAUGUUUUAAUCCAGUGAUUUCCAUUUCGCGUCUAUGGAUUUUACAUUAAUUUCAAGAUGUUUUUAACUCCACCAAUUUGACACAUCAAAGUCUGUUUACAAGGGGUUCUUCUGUAAAUAUGAACAGAUAUGCCUUUUGUGACUCCAGAGGGUGCUGCCCAAAAAUCUGAUGCCUUGCCUCAAGUGAUGUCACUUGAGUUAGUGACUUCUGUAGUACGCUCAUCAUCUCUGCUUGGGGCUAGCAGCUUGAGGCAACAUUAGCCGCUACUAGCAUAACAUAACGCCUGAAUCUCUGACACAACUGUUGGCAAUCGAGUUGCAUUGUGGGUAAUGUAGGCACCAGAAUUUGACAGAAAAAUAAGUGUGGAGUAAAAAACAAAGGUACCUCUGGUUCAGCUGCAUCCAUUUUGUUAAUAAAAAAAAUGGAAAUGUUACAGAAAUGCAAUAGGUAAAUCAGUGAGCACUUGUUUAACGAGUACAUAAUAAAAAUUUGAGGUUUCAAGGAGAAAUCAUCAGUAAGGACCCAGGGAAACAAAACUAAACAUUUGACCUUUGCUGAGAACAUUAAACCCUUCAUAAGGUCUCCUUAAUGUGUCAUAUAAAGAGGGUUUGGUGCUGGGGAACAUAUACCCUCUCUUUUUUGUAGACCACAAACAUACUCAUCUUUAUACAGUAUGUGUGUCCAGUAUAAUUCCUACAAUAAAAUCAAGUUACCAGAGGAUCCGCUCUCCUGCCCUGAUUUUUUGCCAGGAAUAAUUUCCAUAUCUGUUGACUCAAACCAGUUUGAUGGACUUAUAUUAGGUAUAAAACAAACAAAAUAGGUUUGGAAUAUGCCCAUCUAGCAUUGUCAAAUCUGACGCACAAGGAUAAGGCAAAGUAAAAAAAAAAACAAAACAAAACACUACGUGCAUGUGAAAUGUUGAAAACAGCAGAAAGAGUUUUCUAGCCAGUGUUGCUCAAGGGGAAUUAAUUCAAAAGGUCACCUCCACAGAGACCUGAACAACUGUGUUUGAGCUGAUUUAAGUUGACACGUCUUUACUCAAAAACAGCAAAGAAGAGCCUCAGCCUUCAGCAAAGGUUCUGAAAGAGCGAUAUAUAUUGUAUUUGUAUGUGAUUAUGUUGAUGAAUUUCCUGCUGUUGGUGCCCAGAUUCAGUGGUUACAUGCUUUGAAAAAAUACCACUUAGAGUAGAAUGUCCAUGAUUUUUCACUGAUGUCUCCAUCUUGUAUAAAACACCCUAAUGUACACAGAGUGCACAUUAGAUUAAGAUUCUUGGAUGAGAUUAAUCAAUUCACAAUUUUGUGAGUUGAUCACUACAAAACCUCAUAAAAAUGGUGACCAGAGGGGGUUAUACAUAUCAAAUAAAGUUUAUUUGUAUAGAAACA